AUGACAAGCCUUUUCUAUCGGCUGUAUCCGCAAGAUGCAACCAUCCCCGAUCACACAGUCAACCCUGCGGCCCGUUGGGCCAAAGUUGUGGCUCACGGUGGUGACACUAAAGCCGCCGAGACUGACGAGGGUGACCAGGAGCAGAUGCCCUCCGAGUCGACGAUGUCUGGUGCCCUUGCCGGUCUGGCCUUCUUGCAGGCGGACGGUGCUGCCACAACGGAAGAGGGCAAUGAGAAGAAACGCAAAGCGGAAGACGCAUUGCAGAAGGAAGGCAGUGUCGUUGGGGCGAAUGAAAAGAGAGAGAAAGAGAGAAAGACAGCCGGUUCCAACUUGCGACUUCGAUCUCGUGCCUGA